AUGGUUACACCGCAGUGCACGCUACUAGCUCCCGAAAAUGAGUAUCUAGAUCCUACUCCAGACCUGCACUCGCUCUUCUUGGAAUACAAUCGCCUAUUUUUUGAAAAUCGACUUGCCGGUUGUGAAGUAAAGUGGAGUAAGCGCAUGACUCUUUGUGCUGGAUUGUGCAGUUUUCAGUCUCGAAGUGGGUUUUGUUCCAUUCGAUUAAGUGAACCGCUGCUGAAAUAUCGACCUCGUAGUGACAUGAUCAAUACCUUACUCCAUGAAAUGAUUCAUGCCUACGUGUUUAUAGCAACGUCCGUGCGAGAUCAUGAAGACCAUGGUCCAGUGUUUCAGGGACAUAUGAACCGGAUCAACAAAGCAGCGCAGACGAAGAUAACAAUUUUUCACACUUUUCAUGAAGAAGUGAAUUUCUACCGACAACAUGUGUGGCAAUGCAAUGGUCCGUGUCAACGUACACCACCGUACUUUGGCGUUGUCAAAAGAUCGAUGAAUCGAGCUCCCGGACCGACGGAUCGAUGGUGGGCUGAUCAUGAACAAAAGUGUGGUGGAAGGUACUUGAAAAUUAAAGAACCGGCCGAGUUUACGGCAAAACAAGCGAAAAAGAUGGCAAGAAAACUUGCGUGCGAGGAAAAACAGAAGAAGAAGCAAGACAAGGAAGCAAAGACAAUACCAAGUGUGAAAGAGUUUUUUCCAACGGUUGAAAAGGACGUUAUGAGCAUGAAUUUAGGAAACACCACACGUGGUGAUGCAAAAGCUCCGUGCAAUGGAAAGAAGGCACGGUGCCAGGCUGAAAUUGCAACUGACAGCAACAAGAAGCGAAAGAAGGAGCGUGGUGGUGAUAGCAACAGCUUGGAUCUGCCAACACUUGCGUUACCAUCCUCUAAUCCAGCCAUUUUUUCUGCAGAUGCCGAUGGGCUUUAUCUAGUGGGCGACAUCCAAGCGCUUUUUCAAACCCCUAGAUUACAGCUUGGUAAUCGUAUCGUUCGAGAAGAUGAUCAGGAAGAAGCACAUACGAGUCCACAAAGUGGCAAAAACACUUUCUUGGCUACCACCCCGACGCAUGCUGCAGGGUCUUCCACUGUCGUAGAUUUGACCGUGUCGGAUAGCGAUGCUAGUGACAACGAGCAGUUGGAUAAUGCACACUUGACGACAAUGUCUCGAGUCAGUGCAGACAGUUUGCCGAUGACAGGAUCAGGAAAGCCAAAGGUUAUUGAAAUUGAAUGA